AUGCCGAACCCUACACCUAGCAGGUCUCAUCAGGCCGAUGAGCCUCGAUCACUUCGCAACCGUAUUUUCGAGAUCUUUCGUUCUUCACCACAAGCUGGCCCUUCAACAAUAUCUUCUGAAGAAGCAGAACCCCACGACCUGCGUCCCGGCGAAGAAUCAGCUUCUCAGGCCUCGAAUGAGCGGACACGCUUGCUGGAGUCAUACACACGUCGGGAGAGUGUCUGCGGCACCAGUCCUUGCAAUCAUGGGACAUUUUCUCCUAGGGCUGUGACAGAGCAUGGAUAUGGAGCUGGUAGCGUAAGUUCUCUUCCAGAGGCUCCAGGAGCCGAAGAUCACUCAGAACCGGCUACACCACGGACUGGCUCUAGCGGUGUUCAAUUCCCUGUUGGCCGUACAGACUCUGUACUAGAUAGCCAAGAAAUAUCAGCGACGAAGAGACUGGCCUUGGAACAUGGCGUGAAAUAUCGCCCUGUUAUGUAUCUGUCGUACUAUAUUCCGUUCCUUAACUGGAUCAGACAAUAUCGCUGGUCCUUUUUUCAAGGCGAUCUACUUUCGUCGUUGACUCUUGCAUCGAUUUACAUUCCCAUGGCCUUGUCUCUAUCGUCCAACCUCGCCCAUGCGCCCGCCAUAAAUGGACUCUACUCUUUUGUGAUCAGCCCACUCGUUUAUGCCUUUUUUGGGAGUAGUCCGCAAUUGGUGGUAGGACCAGAGGCUGCUGGGUCUCUGCUUGUCGGGACCAUGGUGAAAACUAGUGUCGAUCGAGGUCAUUCAAACGAAGAUGAUCUGGUCGCAAGUGCCCGAGUAGUCGGAGUAGUGACCGGCAUGGCGGGCUCCAUGAUCUUGGUUGCCGGACUAACUCGACUAGGAUUCCUGGAUAACGUCCUCAGCCGACCGUUCCUGAGAGGUUUCAUCACGGCCAUCGGAUUUGUGAUAUUUGUGGAUCAACUAAUCCCUGAAAUGGGUCUCGCACAAAGGGCAAAGGAGGUCGGUGGUGUCAGUCAUGGAAGCACAGUUGAGAAAUUGGCCUUCCUAGUUCGGAAUGCGAGUUACUCUCAUCGUCUGACCUGCGCUGUGGCCUUUGGUAGUUUUGCAGUCAUCAUGAUUUUCCGAGUUGUGAAGAGGCGUCUUGAGAAGCGAUAUCCACAAGUUACCUAUUUCCCCGACCGUCUUUUGGUCGUUGUUCUAUGCGCCGUCCUCACCUGGCGGCUAGGCUGGGACAAGAAAGGACUUGAGAUCCUAGGCGAAACGAAAAGCGUUGGAAACGGGGUGCUGCAAUUUGUAUGGCCGUUUCGUCUCAGUCAUAUGAAGCAUAUACGCACUGCCACGAGUACCUCAUUCAUCAUUGCCCUUCUAGGUUUUUUUGAGUCCUCCGUGGCUGCCAAAGGGUUGGGUGACGGGGCUGCCGAUGGUCUCAAGGGAACUAGCGUUAGUCCAAACCGAGAAAUGGUUGCACUAGGCCUCGCAAAUGUUGUUGGAGGGUGCUUUAUGGCUCUCCCCGCAUUUGGCGGAUAUGGUCGAAGCAAGGUGAAUGCUUCCACUGGUGGCCGGACCCCGAUGAGCAGCAUAUUUUUGAGUAUCAUCACCUUUAUCGUCAUCCAGUUCUUUCUCUCAUAUUUAUAUUACCUCCCGAAAGCAGUGUUAUGUUCGAUGAUUUCUGUGGUGGCCUAUUCUCUGGUCGAAGAAUGCCCCCACGAUGUGUUUUUCUUCAUUCGCAUAAGAGGCUGGUCUGAGCUGACGCUCAUGGGGCUCAUCUUCUUGGUCACCAUAUUUUACUCGCUGGAGGUCGGGAUUGCUUUGGGGAUGGGAUUAUCCAUACUUAGUCUUGUUCGUCACUCAACACAGCCUCGGAUCCAAAUCUUAGGCAAGGUACAAGGCAAGCCUGACCAGUUCGAAAACGCGGAGCUAUAUCCAGAAAAUGUGGUGUUUAUCGAAGGCGUUCUCAUCGUCAAGAUUCCGGAGCCGCUCACUUUUGCAAAUACUGGCGAUUUGAAGAACCGUCUCCGCAGACUUGAAUAUUACGGCACGAGUCGAGCUCAUCCUGCCCUUCCACGGAUCAGACCACCAGAACAUAAUAAAAACAUCAUCUUCGAUGUCCACGGCGUGACGAGCAUUGAUGGAUCUGGAACGCAGGUUCUAGCAGAAAUAGUCAAGGGAUACGUCGAUCAGGGAGUGCGGGUAUUUUUCUGUCGCCUCCCGACCCCCAAAAGCGAUGUUUUUCAAAAGUUUGAAAGGAGCGGUAUCGUGGAUUACUGCGGAGGGAGCGGUCAUUUUGUGCCAAGCGUCGAGGAGGCCUUGAGGUUGGCGGAGAUGGAGAACGUAUUCGAACCCUGA